AUGUCCUUCUUUUCGCGAGUCUUUCGUAAAGAGGCCGCGACAAAGAAACAGCCAAAGCCUACCACCGCCGUAGACACCAUUCCCACGAAGCCCAAAUGGACCGAUGCCUGGCAGCGGACAGAGGUCGCGCCGGAGGAAGUUCAAGAGCUGGUGCGAGGCUGUGUGCAUGAACUAAAGGCCCGAGCUCUUGACACUCCAUUCCUACUCCUACCGUUCCGCCCGAGCUCAGAUCCGAGUGCUGCCCGCACGUUUAUUCGCAAUUAUUUCAAUCAGUCGUUCGACAAGGGCUCGCCCGUGAACGGAGAUGCCUUAUCGCAGGAGCUUCGGCUCACUGAGCCGAUGGUCCUUUGUGGAGUGAUGAAAUGGUGCUGGAGCAGACUUCCCGGUGGUGUGGUCACCUGGGAGGCAUAUGAAACCUUUAAGAUGGGAGAAAAUGAUUCGGAUAUGGCCCGCGAUGCUUUCUCGACCUUCAUUCCUAUCGGUGGCGACUCCGAGGCCCGAACGAACAUUAUUAUCGACUUUUUCGAUCUUUUGGCUGCCAUUGCGGCCCAUGGAAAGUCCAAUGGAUUGGGUGGACGCAAACUUUCUCGUUAUGCUGGAUGGUGGGCCUUCGAGCACGUCGAUACCGGCGGUGGCUUUGAGGCCGCCUACAAGAACUGGGCUGUUGCCGCCGAUGCCACGAGUCACUUGUUCUUCGCCUAUCUCCGUUCAUUGUCUCCCGAUAUCCCUCGCGGUGUGAGCGCCAUCUCGACACUGCCAAUUUCCCUACAAUCCCUCGUUGAAGCAACCGAGUACCCUCCCGAGACCCCCACUUUACUUCAGGUUACGACUACAAAGGUGGUUAUGAUUGUGGAGAAUGUUUCGCCGACGCCAUUUUCGCUCCUGCGACGCGCCAAGAACUUCGAAUACCGCGACGAUGACUGGCAUCUGCAGGAGUUUGCCAACUACGAUGAUCCCAUCACCGCAUUGACUGAUGAGUGUCUACGCGUUCUCAAAUGUAUAUCCUCCGCAAAUGAAGUCAGCGUCUCCAGCACGAAGCAAUCCACUAGUUUGCGGGACGCAUCCUGGUCUCGCUUCGAAGAUAUUGGUUUCGGUGGCUCAAUUGAAUCCGACGAGGAGGAGAAGAAGGAAGCAACCCCGCCUCCAGUCUCGAGAAAGAGCGACUCUGCAGGGGGAUUGAGCAACGUGCCCAAGUCUGGAACUGGUGAUCUCGGUCGCCCUACUACCCCCUCAUGGGCGGACUUUAUGUCUUCUGGCUUUGCGGAUGAAAAUAUCAAGACCCAUGUGAGCCCUUUGCUGUUGCCUCCUGACAAGGUUCUGCCUCCAAUUGCAACCGCGCGUGGACAGAGCUCCCAGUCCCACAAGCGCUCUUUGAAUGACGAGCCCGCUCUCGAGCCAGCCGAGUUGGCUAGCAUCAACACCCUUGAUAUGGACGACUCAUUCUGGUGGGUGUGGAUCAGCAGCCUGUCUGGCGAUGAGCCCUCCUCUCGCAAGGCUGUGUUUGGCCGAUGCGCGCUUUUGGAGACAGUCAUUCGUGACACUAAAUGGCUGGUCCUUGAAGAGCAGGUGAAGGGAGCUGCCCCAGAGCCCGAGGCUGGUGCGCAGAUUGUUGAGAAGAAGCGAUUCUUCAGCUUUGGUAGCCGCAGGGGUAAGCUUAGCCGCAGCAAGUCAACCGCUAAGAAGGUCUCUUCUAUCGAAGAGUCGUACAACAGGGCCAACAACCAGGCUCCUCAGAGCAAGACUAGCAUCGGUCCUGAUCAGCACAAGCGAAUUCAAGCAGCCGCAGCCGCUCUCCAGCAGAAGCACCGCGAGCAAGAAGCAGAGGCGAAGGAGAGCCGCAACGAUUCCAAGACCGAUCGUUACUCGAAGACAAACUCUGUAAUGACCCUUCAACCUGCUAUCGUCAACGAGGCCUCCCAAGCUAUGAAGUGGACUAAGAACUACGACAAAGGUGCCUUCCGGGCAGCUUAUCUCAAAAAUAACCGGGCUGGCACUGGUGCCGCCGAAGAAGAGCUCGACAAUGACCUCUCCCCCCAGGUGACCGAAGAAAAACCUCGCACGCCCGUGGCGCCUCCAGCCCCUACAGAGCACGCUCCCGCUCCUCCCCCCAAAGAAGCAGCUGCAGCAGCUGCCACUCCUCUUCCUCCGUCUCCCAAGCAGCCAGCAAAGAAGGCAGUCAAGGUAAACACUCCUGAAGAGGAGAAGACUACCACACAGCCUGCCGUUGUUGAGCAGCCUCUUGAGCCUCGCGAGUCAGUCGAUGAGACCAAGAAGACGAAGAAGAAGACUUCCAACUCUGCUGCUUUCAAGAGCAUGUUCGGUACCAAGAAGAAGCCUGAACAACAGCAACCCCCGAUGAAGAACAUUGGUGCUAAGGAAACCUCAAGUGUGGCAGCUGCCCGCGCAGCUCUCGAGGCUAGACAAAAGGCCGCCCAGGAGUCCACGCCUGUGAAGAAGAAGCCCCUUCCCAAGGAAGCCGCUGUUGCCAUCGAGCCUGCGACUGCUGAGUCCGAGAAGCCCUCGACACCCAAGCAGCCCGAACAGCGCGCAAAGCCCACAACUGAGCGCCCAACCCAGCCUUUCGCCGCUAUUUCAGAGAACGGCGCGCCCCCAAAGACCAGACGCGCGCUCGAGUACGACGCCUUGUCGCGCGUUGACACCAACGAGCGCAACGCUGCCGACCAGGAAUUCUCAAAAUUCGACCAGGGCCCUCUAGUCGAGCAGCCGGCUUUCGUCCCUCAGGAAUCUCCCGUGGACGAUCAGCCAGCUCAGAAGACUGAGCUUCCCCAGACCCCUACCAAUGGUAACGGCGUUCGACCUGAGAGUGCUACCUCGCCUGAAUCAACCGGCGCCCAACACGACCGAUGGAAGGCUAUCCGCGAAGCCGCGGCCCUUCGGGCUGCUGCUGUCUACGAGGCCGGACCUGAGCAGGAGAAUGAGCAUGAGCAGGAGACCGAGCAGGAGACCGAGACUACCACCCGGACUAGCCAGUCCGAGCGCACUGAUGAGGGAGAUACCAGCGGAGAAGAGACCAUUGAGUCUCGCGUCGCUCGCAUCAAGGCCCGCGUCGCCGAACUGACCGGCAACAUGGAAGACGGACAGAAGCCUUAG